AUGGUGAAGAUGAAGAUGAAGGGGAAAAGCCACAAGAUUGGAAAGAAGCAGAGUAGGAAGAUGAAGGGCGCGUUGUGUAACACCACCACCAGGCACUUGCAGCUUCAGCUAGGUCAAGUCUCCCUCAUUCCUCUCCACCAACCAUCUUCCACCACUUCUUCCACUGUUUCUUGCUUCCAGAACCUUCUCGAUGCCGAACCUUCCAACGCUUCUUCAUCGCGCGUUGCGCUCACCGACGAUGCCGUCGCUGUCGCCGACGACAGAGACUGUAUUCUCAGUCAGGACUUCUUCUGCACUCCUGAUUAUAUCACUCCGGAUAAUCAGCAUAUCUUGAAUGGCUUUGAUUGCGACAGGGAUAAUACUCCUUGCCCCAAAUCCCCCGAGAAGCUUAACACUACGAAAAGCAAGAGAUGCCGACUAGACGCUAUGUCCGUUCAACCUCUCAGUCCUACCUUCUCUAGUGACCAUCAGCCAGCUGUGGAACUGGGAAAGGAUUCUGUUACAGACGAAUUUGCUUCUGAGAAAACAAUAGCAUCUACUAAACCAAAGGGUCAGAAUUACGUGUCCCAAUCUGCAGUUGCAUUGCGUUGCCGGGUUAUGCCUCCUCCUUGCUUUAGGAACCCAUAUUUAAAAGAUGUCUCAGAGAAGGAGAUAGAUCCUUUUGGAAACCAAAGAUUGAAAUUUGCAGGUCUCUUCCCUGCAUGUAGUGGUGGUGAUGGGCUUUCACGCUAUCGCGCUGACUUUCAUGAAAUUGAGCAAAUUGGUAGAGGAAACUUUAGUAAUGUUUUCAAAGUAUUAAAACGAAUAGAUGGCUGCUUGUAUGCUGUUAAACAAAGCAUCAGACCGUUAUGCCUGGAAGCAGAAAGGACAAAAGCUUUGAUGGAAGUUCAAGCUUUGGCGGCCCUAGGUUUGCAUCAGAACGUUGUGGCCUACUAUUCUUCAUGGUUUGAAAAUGAACAGUUGUACAUUCAGAUGGAGCUAUGUGAUCACAGCUUAUCCAUAAGAAAAUGCUCUGCGGUAAUUACAGAAGCACAAGUGUUAGAUGCCUUAUUUCAGGUUGCCAGUGCACUGCGAUUUAUUCACGAGAAGGGAAUGGCUCAUCUAGAUGUCAAACCCGACAAUAUUUAUGUGAAAAAUGGUGUUUAUAAGCUUGGUGAUUUUGGAUGUGCGACUCUUCUUGAUAGUAGCCUGCCAAUUGAGGAGGGUGACGCACGCUAUAUGCCGCAGGAAAUACUUAAUGAAAAUUAUGAUCACCUUGACAAGGUUGAUAUCUUUUCCUUGGGAGCUUCUAUUUAUGAACUAAUUCGCAAAGUGCGUUUGCCAGAAUCAGGAUGUCAAUUUUUUAAUCUCAAAGAGGGCAAGUUUCCCCUCUUGCCUGGUCAUUCGUUGCAACUUCAAAACUUGCUCAAGGUCAUGAUGGACCCUGAUCCAGUUAAGCGGCCUUCUGCUAAAGAAUUGGUAGAAAACCAAAUUUUUUGUAGGGUUCAAAGAACUGAACGAAGUUGA